AUGUUGACCAGAGAUGGAGAACCCACGAUGGACAUAUAUAUGCGGAUGAACGCAGACUCCGAGAAGGACUACUGCUUGGCCAUCAAGCGAGAUGCCAAGGUCAAGGACCUGCUGAACAUUUUCACCCAGUUGCCCAUCAACCUGUGCCCGAGUUACUUCUACGACACGGUGCCUGCUGGCUUCGCUGCUUCCAUGCAUCCCGGUUACUUGACCAGCGUUGGUACAAUGCUUUUCUCUGAAUAUGCCGAUGAGGAAAAAAAUUUAGUGAAUCUGGACCUGGAGGCAGACCUCAAGGAUGUCGUACACGAGGGCCAACUGGUGGUUCCAGUCUGGCAAUUUCACACUUCUAGAUAUAUCCGCUUUGUUACCAUUCUAUUGGGCUGGUUGUAUCUCGAUUUGCCCCAGCAUAUUACGCCUACUCCGGGAAUCGCGCCUUCUAUGCUGUUUGUGAACACGGUUCAGCGUAUGUUCCCUAUUCUUCGGGAUAGAGAAGGUACAACUGAUCCAUUUGAUACGAACAUUUGGCGCUGGGGCUUUUUCGCCAUGCAUUGCUUCAAGAUAAUUGUGAUUUAUCUGUUUUUCCGGGUCGGUGUCUUCAACCCCAAGAGUCUGAAUAUCUUCAAAACUCGCCACAAGGUUACAAACCUCACCAAAGAUGAUCUCCUUAGUUUGGGUUGGACUGCUAUCCGCCGUCUACCUGCUGAUGACUGGCAUAAUACGUACCGGGAGUAUCUUAUUGCAAAACACGGUGAUGUGCUCAAAGCGCACAAAGCUGGUGAUCUGGAACGGAACAUGGGUGUGUACCUUGAUGCUGGAGAAGGUUUUGAUGGUCUUAGAGAAAGAGAUCCCUCUAAGCGCAAGGUGGAUAGCAAGUUCCUGAACAAGGAUGGAAAAUUCAUUGUGUCCGAUGCUUACACCAGAACCGUUUUUGAGCCUAUGGCUGAAGCUUUGCAAAAGCGAGAGCUAAGCGAUGAGCAACUACUUGCACGUCUCCAUGAUUACAGGCGUUUUGGUUUCUUGAAUGGGCCGCAAAAGCUGGUCGAGCUCUACGAGCAUGUAGCUGCCAAGCACGGCUUUUAG